AUGGCCACAAAGUGGGGAAUCUGUGGUGCCGGCAGAAUCUGCCACGAUUUCAUGGUGGCUCUAGAAACCCUUCCUGCUGAGGACCAUCAGGCAGUUGCUGUGGCCUCUCGGGACUCAUCGCGAGCCCGCGACUUCGCAAAACGACAUCAAAUCCCCAAAUCGUACGGUUCAUAUGAGGAGCUGGCAACGGAUCCCAGUGUAGACAUUGUCUACGUGGGAAUCAUUAAUCCUGAGCACCUGAGGGUGGCUCUGCUCAUGCUAAGGGCUGGGAGGAACGUUCUCUGUGAGAAGCCCAUGGCCAUGAAUCUGCGGGAGGUCCAACAACUGGUCAGUGCAGCAAGAGACAGCGACCUGUUCCUCAUGGAGGGUUUAUGGACCCGUUUUUUCCCCGUCUCUAAUGCCAUCCGUGGUCUACUGAACCAAAACGACGUGGGGGAGAUCAAAAUGGUUAAAGCUGAGUUUGGGACAUGCAUGCUGGAAACUCCACGCCUGGUGGAGAAGGAGUUGGGUGGAGGAGUGCUGCUCGACAUUGGCUGUUACUGUCUACAGUUCGUCUGUAUGGUGUUCAGUGGUGAGAAGCCCGAGUCUGUUCAAGCCACAGGAUUCCUGACAGAGAAAGGUGUUGAUGAAGCAGUGACCAUUGUACUGAAGUACUCCAGAAAACGUAUGGCCCUGGUAACUGUAACCAUGGCACUACAGCUUGCUAAUCAAGCAACCAUCAGUGGGACAAAAGGGACAAUCAUGAUUCCAGGUUGUAUGUGGUGCCCCACAAGUCUGGUGGUAAACGGGAAAGCCCAGGAGUUCCCACUGCCAGCUCCAUCUCAACCCCUCAACUUCAUGAACAGUACAGGCCUUCGGUACGAAGCUGAGGAAGUGCGGCAGUGUCUUCAGAAAGGGCUGAAGGAAUGCCCCAAGCUGCCAUGGGCCGAGAGUGAGCUGAUAAUGAGCAUUUUGGAUGAGGCGCGAAGGCAGGUGGGGGUGGUAUACGACCAAGACACAGCCUGA